AUGUUUCGAGUCAUAUGGAGACCCAUCGUCAAGCAUGACAGCUCGCGGCGGCUAGAGUCGGCCGUAUUCAUACGAUCCAGGAAAGGCGGCCGAGUGCUUUGCUUCGAAGGCUACAGAUAUCACCGCAGAGCGCAGCGCGGGAUGAAAACGCGAUGGCUUUGCGGCACACACGCCAGGUUUCGGUGCAAGGGCUCCGUCAUUACCGUCGACGAUAUGGUAAAUCCUCUUUGUCUUAAAGGUCUCAAGGCAGGGUUCUACUACGGAACAUCCAAGCUAGGAAACAAGGUGCUAUAUUACCGUGGCUACAAAUACCACCGCAAGCAGGAGAAGGACGCUUUCUUCGGAGUAUCACGACAAGGCGGCCGCGUCCUGUACUACCACGGGUACAAGUACCACGUGAAGAGGAGCCUGAUCUCCAAGACCCAGUGGCAGUGCGGCACGCACCAGCGCCGCGCCGGCUGCACUGCCUCCAUCACCACCGUCGACGAUGUUGUUGUACGGUGCAAUGAUAACCACAACCACGAGAGUUCUAUCAAAGGACCGGGUUCUUUAGUAGUCGCAAUUAUAAAGCAUAGAACCAUAGCCAAGAGAUCGCUCGUUUGGCGGUUUUUCGAGUUGGACGCGGACAACCAAAGGCACGCCAUCUGUACACUGUGCCAAUCAAAACUAUCGCGCGGCGGCGAGGGCAAGGCCGCUGGAACCUCUUCGCUGAAGAAACACUUGAAGAAGAAGCACGUGAAUCAGUACAUGGCAGUUUAUGGACCCAUCGAAUAACUAAGCUUAGUGCUCGAAAUUUCGAUAAUCGCACUCAUGCAUGCGAAUAUAAUAGAACGAAGGGGGGGGUAAAGCUUUCUAGGACGCGUAUUGCGUACUUUCCUGUGUAUCUACAGAGUGGCCCAAAAUAUAAUAUAUGUAUAUACAGCCUGUUUUUAUUGAAUUCCGUUUAGUUUUUUUAGAUCAAAUAAAAUUAAUUUCUUUAGGAAAUUAGCGUAUUACCUCUCACGGUUAUCGAGUUAUUAAAAAAUAAAAAUAAUUACUGAACACGUGUGUGACAGCCUUUACCACUUCCCAAUGUUAUUUGUUAUGACAUGUGCCGUCACUCACUUUGACACUAAUUUGAAUAUAAUUCCUAAGAUCCUCACACGUAUGUAUGAAAACGACGAAAAUAUGUUUUGCGAAUUCAACUAAAAGUGUAAAACAGGGUGGUUCCUGAUAACGAACCUAACGACAUGUUGGAUUUAACGGAAAACAAAAAAAAACACAGUAUAUAAAUAUUAUGUAUUGUAUAUUUCUACAUUCACCAUGGAUAUUUCAACAGUAUUUAUGUCCAUUUCACAAGAUUUUGCAAUGUAGACCAAUUGUGUACAGACAUUUUUUCCAGAUUCGUUUCAGCCUACUUAUGUAAAUUCACCUAAUUUAACACUAUAAAUUAUAGUUUGUAAUCAAUCUUAAAACCCUAGCCCGUUUAUUGAUUACAAACAUUAGGAUAUUUUACAAGCCAUACGUGCAAUAAGUUAGACGAAAGUCAUACUAGAGGUGCAGCGCAUAUCGUUAAUUUUUUGUUCUAAUAUUAGCGUUUGUACUUCAAAGCCAAAGGAGAUAUUUUGAAGACUAUUCG